AUGGAGGAGGCGGUGGUGAAGCAGGGUGUGCUCUACCUCCAGCUGCAGCAGACCUUUGGGAAGAAAUGGAGGAAGUUCUGGGGCGUCUUGUACCGCGAAAGCUCCUGCUCCACCGCCCGCCUGGAGCUCUUCGAGGGCUCGGUGCCGCCGGCCGCCGAGAAGCUGCGGAAAGGCGAGGGCAGCCAGCGGCUGGGCAGCGACUGCGUGCACGUGGCGGAGGUGAGCGGCGAUGCCGGCUGUCCCAAGGAGACCGUCCCCUUCCUGCUGGAGACCACCGACAAGCGGUACCUCCUGGCUGCUGACGGCACCGAGGCGGCCAGCUGGAUCCAGAAGCUCUGUGAGCUGGCCUUCCCGAGGAGCAGGGAGGAGCAGGCAGCAAGCAAGGAUGGCCAACAGAGCUCGCUGGGCACCGACGGCGGGUUCUCCAUGGAGGAAAACUCCCUCUACAGCUCCCGGCACAAAGCUGGCGUGGAGCAGACGUUCGAGGUGACGGUGAGGGCCACCGAGUCCUCUGAGCGAUGCCGCCUCUGGGGCCGGGGCAUCCUGCGAGCCGGUGAGGAGGCGCUGGAGCUGCUGGAUUUCCAAGCCUUGGAGAUCAUCUACAGCUGGCCCUACCGCUUCCUGCGGCGCUUUGGGCGGGAUAAGGGGCACGAGGAGCUCGGCGGCAUCAAGUGUCCCUCGCUGGAUCCCACCUGGGAGGGGAAGGUGCCGAAAAACAAGCCGGUGAUGCCCUCCAGCAGCUGCCCAGGGGCCGGGGAGCCGUCGGGCACCUUCCCGCCGUCCCGCAGUGCCGACUGUCCCUACAGUGAGCCCUGCAACUCCCUCCGCCGUGGGACCCCCCAGGUACCAGAGAAGCCCCAGAGGCAGGAUGCUCUGGCCAAGGUGGCCACCGAAUCCGAGUACGCCAUCCCCUUUGACACCAUUGCCAAGACCUUUGUGGCUU